AUGUCUACGCUUUUCCCUUCGUUGUUUCCCCGAAUUACUGAGUCUUUAUGGUUCAAUUUAGACCGACCCUGCGUAGAUGAAACGGAACUGCAGCAGCAGGAACAGCAGCAUCAAACCUGGUUGCAGAGCAUUGCUGAGAAGGACAACAAUACACUGCCAAUUGGGAAAACCAUUUUUGAGGUAACAAUAUUAUUAGGAGGGGGAUAUGAGGAGGAAGAGGAGGAGGACGAUGAGGAUGAAGAGGACAGUGAGGAGGAUUCUGAAGAUGAAGAGGACAUGCAGGACAUGGAUGAGAUGAAUGAUUACAACGAGUCACCUGAUGAUGGCGAGAUCAAUGAGGUGGACAUGGAAGGACAAGACCAAGAUCAAGACCAAUGGAUGAUUUGA